AUAGUAGAGAUGUGUGUGCACAUGGAUUGUGCGGGCUGCGAAGCCAAGAUAAAGAAAGCUCUUAAGAAAUUACGUGGAGUUGAUAGUGUUGACAUCGACAUGAAGAUGCAAAAAGUAACUGUGAUGGGUUGGGCAGAUCAAAAGAAGGUGCUGAAAACAGUAAGAAAGACUGGUAGGAGAGCAGAGCUGUGGCCAUAUCCAUACAACCCAGAGUACCAUGGCUUCACACGCCAUUACGCCAAUAAUUAUGAGAACAACUCUUACUUUGCUUCUAAUUCCAAGCCUUCCACUUCUUACAAUUAUUACAAGCACGGGUAUAGUAAUGGUGAAGACUUUGGCUAUUACCGAAAGCCAAUUGGUGCAACAAUGAUUGAUGAGAAGACCAUGUCCAUGUUCAGCGAUGACAACCCUCAUGCUUGUUCAAUAAUGUGA